AAUUCUCUCUCUCUUGUUUUGCAUUUCUAAAAAAUCAAGAUCAUUAUUUUUUGGAGAAUUUGGUGCAUUUUGGAAGGGAUUGGAGUUGUUUUGUGAAGAAUACUGAAGCUUUGAUUUCGUUCGCAGAUUGCGCAUUUUAAAGCGGAUUGGAGUUGUGUUAAGAAGAAUACUGAAGUUUGAUAUCAUUAAUGGUUUGUGAGAAACUGACGCACUUCGAUUGGAUAUGAGAAAUAUUUGAGUCUACAGGUAUAUCUCUGGGAGAUUGGAAAUCAGUUUUAGGACUCUUAAGAUCGUGGGUUUAAUACAAGAGCUGAAAGUCGGAGCUCGGAUUCGGUGACAUUUCACCGGAAAAUCCUUAUCUUCUGGGAGUUUAUGAGUCAAAGGACUUGAAUCAACAGAAAUUGUUGUAAACGUGAAAGGAUGAUCGUUUAAUUCUGGAACCGAAGUUGUCAUUAUAUAAGAAUCAGAGAGCUCUUUUUUGGCAGUUCAUCAGGCUCUGAUAUUCUCAGGCUCUCUCACCCACUCUGUUUUGGCGUUCUUCACAUUGAUUUUUUCGAAACAAAGGACACCGAUUGUUCGGAUUUUGAGGAUUGAAUCGGAGUUUCUUUGCGAGGAACAAAAAGAAGAAUUGAAUCUAUUGUGGGAGAGAGAAAAGAGGCUUUCAGGUGUAGAAAGGCGAGAUGGAGAGGAAUAAUCCCAGCACCAAUAGAGAAGGAGGAUUGUUACCGAGAUCCGAGUCGUCCAGGUCACCAGCAACGACGUCGUCUGACUUAUUUUUGCAGUGGGGGAAUCGGAAAAGGCUACGGUGCAUGAAGGUCCAGGCCAAAGACCACAGCAAUAAUGACUCUGCCGGGUCUGUCCUGGUUAAUCGGACAACAGCCCGGGUCGAUCGCCGGGUGAUUAGGUCGGAUUCUAAUUCGAACCAUCAGAAUAAUAAGAAUGCUACUGCCAUUACUAGCACCAAGAGUAACGGGUAUUUGAAUCUCCGUCAACGUCCAGCUUCUCCGUCUCAUCAUCGAAUUUUGAGGUAUUCAAAUCUCAUGCUUUGCAAUGAGAACCAUGACGGCCUUGUGGUUGAUGGUAUGAUUGAGUCUGAAAUCCUAUGGCGUCUUGGCUUUGGGUUGUUUGUGCAGUUGGUAAGUCCAGGAACAUGGCUAUGCGAUCUGACCCUAGAAAGAUACGAGGUCAGAGAGAAAAAGGUUUCAAAGAAGAGACCAAGAGGGUUGAAGGCAAUGGGAAACAUGGAGUCCGACUCAGAGUAGAGGAGUGUAAUGAAUUGUGGAGGAAAUUUGUGCACGUUAGUUAAAUUACACAAGCUGGUGUAUUUUGUAUUUCUUUGACUCCAUUUUCAAAUUUUUAUCCAUUACUAGAAAUUUAAUAAUAA